UUUCUAUCUCUUUUGUCACCGCAUAAAUUUCAAUCUUCUUUUUCAUCAUCACCCUCUCUCUCUCUCUCUCUCUCUCUCUGUGAUACUUUCACACGGUUCUAGCAAGAAGGAGAAGAUGGACGCCGGCGCUUCGGAGGUGGCCCGAGAUUUCCGACCCUUCUUCAGGGUCUACAAGGACGGACGCGUGGAGAAGUACAAGCUGUUCGAGCAGAUCAAGCCCCUCCCCGCCGGGCUCGACCCGGAGACGGGGAUCGAGACCAAGGACAUCGUCCUCUCGCCUGAGACUGGCGUGUCGGCCCGGAUUUUCGUCCGCAAGACCGACGGCGGCCCGGAUCGGAAACUGCCCCUCCUCAUCCACUACCACGGCGGCGGGUUCUGCGCGGGGUCGCCCUUCGACACGGCAUCGAACGGUUUCCUCUCCACGAUGGUGACUCGGGCCAAUGUCGUUGCAAUCUCCGUCGACUACAGGUUGGCCCCGGAGAACCCGUUGCCCAUUGCAUACGAGGACUCGUUCGAAGCCCUAAAGUGGAUCGCGGGCCACUCGGAGGGAUCGGGCCCGGAACCGUGGCUGAACCAGUAUGCAGAUCUCGAGCGGGUCUUCAUAGUUGGGGAGAGCGCCGGAGCCAACAUAGGCCAGUACGUGGCGGCCCGAGCCGGCGCGGCCGGAUUGGUGGGCGUCGGGAUCAAGGGCAUGCUGAUAGUGCACCCGUUCUUCGGAGGCAAAGAGGUCGACGAGAUGUACAAGUUCAUGUGCCCGACGAGCUCCGGGCUCAACGAUGACCCGAAGCUGAACCCGGCCGUUGACCCGGACCUGCCCAAGACGGUGUGCGAGAAGGUGCUGGUGUGCGUGGCGGAGAAGGAUUGGCUGAGGAAUAGAGGGGUGAAGUACUAUGAGGCACUGUGCGGGAGCGGGUGGAAGGGGAAAGCGGAGCUUGUGGAGGCCAAGGAUGAGGGACAUUGCUUCCAUCUGUUUAGCAAGAAUGAGAGGGCUGAGGAGCUGAUCAAGAAGAUGGUUGAUUUCAUCACCACGGAUUAGCUUCGGUUAGAUUAGUUAUAUGAGGAAAAUACCCUUUUAAUUAUGGUUGAUUUUCCACAUAAAUAAUCGCGUUUUUUUAUGCAUUUAUAAAAAAAUAAUUCUUCUUGUUAUUUCUGCCUAAACACCUAGCAAAUCCAAUGUUUCUUUCCAAGAGAUUGGGUCAACGAAAGGUACAAAGCUGGAAAUGUGGAGAGAAGCUUUUUGUGGCCAUUCUUAGUGAGAAAAUCUCCAGUAAAUGAGCUGAACAGCUAAUCAAAAUCUUUCUUGUACCUACCUGAAAUUGUUAUUAGAAUUAAAACUGAGGGGAUUUUCUUAUUUU